AAAGACCCAGCGAGUGGGUCAUUUUGGAUGAUAGAAGAAGAAGAAGCAGAAGAUGAUAAUGAGGUCAGAGAGGGUGACAUUAUUGCUGGUGAAUCUGGCAAAUAUUAUGGAGAAUGCAGAUGCCACGUUACUGCCAGCAGUGUACAAAGAAGUGGGUGAUGAACUCAACGCUGAUCCCACUGCGUUGGGUUCUCUCACUCUUUUCCGAUCAUUUAUUCAAUCUUCAUGUUACCCUCUCGCUGGUUACCUCGCCACGCGCCACAAUCGUGCUCAUGUCAUAGCUCUCGGUGCUUUUCUUUGGGCUGCUGCUACAUUUCUUGUUGCCAUCUCCUCCACUUUAACACAGGUGGCAAUUUGGAGAGGUUUAAGUGGGGUUGGACUUGCUAUUGUUAUUCCAGCAAUUAAGUCCCUGAUUGCUGACUUCACAGAUGAUAGCAACCGAGGUAUGGCUUUUGGGAAGCUGCAACUAACAGGGAACUUCGGAAGAAUCAUUGGUGGUUUCUUUCCAGUACUUAUUGCUCCAACCUCAUUUGCUGGUAUACCUGGUUGGAGAUUAGCUUUUCAUGUGAAUGCAUUGGUUAGUGUAAUAGUUGGUAUAUUGGUACGCCUUUAUGCUGAUGAUCCACACUUUUCAAAGAGCAAUGGCAGAGCUCCACGUCAAGAUCCAGACAAGUCCUUUUUUUCUGAAAUGAAAGAUCAAAUCAAAGAAGCAAAAGAAAUUAUUGGAAUUCCAACAUUUCAGGUAUUUGUGGCUCAGGGAGUGUUUGGAGCAUUUCCAUGGUCAAGCUUGUCAUUUGCCACUCUUUGGUUGGAACUAAUAGGCUUCUCUCACAUGACAACUGCAUUGCUUUGGACCCUAUUUGUGGUUGCUACAUCAAUUGGAGGUCUAUUUGGAGGAAAGAUGGGGGAUGUUUUAUCCCAAAGGUUACCCAAUUCAGGCAGAAUAAUGCUGUCACAAAUAAGCGCUGGUUCAGCCAUUCCUUUAGCAGCAAUUUUGCUGUUGGGAUUACCUGAUGAUCCAUCCACAGCCUUCAUGCAUGGUCUUCUUUUAUUCAUAAUGGGGUUCUUCAUAUCUUGGAAUGGUACAGCGACUAACAAUCCAAUAUUUGCAGAAAUAGUCCCUGAGAAGUCCCGGACGGCUAUAUAUGCUUUGGAUAAAUUUUUUGAGACUAUAUUGGCAUCAUUUGCUCCUCCUCUAGUUGGAUUUUUGGCUCAGCAUUUUUAUGGAUAUAAACCAAUCCCAAAAGGGUCCUCAGGUUCUGAUGAGAUUGGAACAGAUAGAGAAAAUGCUGCAUCACUCGCCAAGGCACUUUAUACUGCCAUUGGUUUUCCUAUAUUAAUGUGUGUUUCCAUCUACUCAUUCCUUUACUGCACUUACCCAAGGGACAGGGAACGAGCGAGAAUGAUUGCAUUAAUAGAAUCAGAAAUGCAGCAACUAGAGGUGGAAGACGACCCAAAUGAAGAAUAUAGUGAAAUUCAAGUUUUAGAAUCAAAUGGCCUCAAUUGUCAAAAAAGUAACAAGAUUAACAUCGAUUAUCCAAGGCGCGGGAGCAUAGACUUGGAUGAUAAUGAUGAGACAGUUUUGUUGUCCCGGUAGUUCACUUUCCACAGAAAAAUUGUUACUUUAUCAACUAGUUCAUAUCACAUUUCAAGUUAUUCCUUCCAUUUCUUAACUUUCGUUGUUUUAAUAUUUUAUUUUUGUUUCAAACAUUUUGUAGUUUUAGAUUUUCAGGAUUUUUUUUCCCACAUGUACCUCAUUAGUUUACCGAAAGUUAGAAAAUAACAAAUGAAAUGAUUGGAAAUAUAAAUUGUGGUAUUUUAGU